AUGUCAAAUGAAGAGGAGGAGGGGGUGCAGGCGAAAAGGAUUAGGUGGAUUGAUUGGAUACGAGUGGCACGUGUCAUUGGACGCACGUCAAACAGAAGCCAACAAGACUCGUCAAACCCAUACCGCAAUCAAAGAAUCUGCACUGAAAGAGAAGCCGAGCGAAUCAGAGAUCCAACCUCGCAAUCUGUUCUUCAACUCUCUGAUCUCUCUUCACUUCAGCUUCGUUAG